CGACUUGACUUUAUCAUAGUUUUUUUUAUUUUGAAAGUUUACAAUCAAUAACUAAAAACGUUUUGCGGACAAAAGAAAUUUUAGUUUUUUUUUGUUAAGGUUUGAUGCUCAAAUCUGUAAAGUUAGAACAAUUCGUAGAUAUUUAUUGACAUUGGUUUAGUCAAAAAUCAAAUACAGAUAAUUAAUACAAAGAAGGAUGGGAGCAGAGCAUUCAAGUGCAAAUGGUGAUGGGAGAUCAAAAGGUACUGGAGACACUAGCAUGGUUCCGGAAAGCAAAACUAAUAGAUUACAAAAAAGAUAUACAGUGCAAGGAGAUGUAGGAUAUGGUAAUCGAAUGGAAAAUCGUCCCAAUUCACCACCUAUUAGUGUUUGUUCUGAUUCUGAUUUGCCAUAUAUUUCAUAUACGGAUCGUAUUCAAAUAAGUGACUCACCAAAAAUUAGAAGUAAGCAUCAAAUAAAGACAAACUCAAAGCAAGCUGCAUUAAAAAAUAAAUAUAGAAAAGAAAAAUUACCUGGCACACAUAACAUUGUUGUAGUAAAAUCUGCAGCAAAAGAGUUUAAUUUGGAAAUGGAUCCUGAUUUCAUGAAAUUGCAAAGCAUUCCUAUGUUUUUGCCAGUAAUGCGAGGCAGCCUUUCGGUACCACUAAAAAGAGAUCCAGAAAUAUUAGACAGAUUGCAACCAGUUCAUUUGCAAAACAUGUGUUGCAGAAUGCAAACACACUUUCAUAUAUCUUCUUGUUACGUUACAAACGAACAAAAUCAUAUUGUAAAAAAAAUUAAAAAGGUUGAUAAGAAAAUUAGUAAAUUGUUUUUAAAUUUUGUUGAGCUUCAGAAAGCAUAUUCAACUUAUGCUGAAGUGUUUUCUAAAACCAAAUUAAUCUCGCAGCAAUUAAGUCGAUGUAACACUUUUCUUAACCACAAUAUUGCAAGUUUAGAACAAUUAAAUAAUGUUUUAGAAAUUAAAGACCGAAUGGAACCUUUUGUUUGGCAAACAAGUAAUUAGACAAAAAUAUAAAAAGCUGAAGUUUUCCAACUUUCAUUUUAAAAUAUUUUAAAGUACGGUUAUAAAUAAAUUUAAGUAAUAAAAUUUAGAGCAAAAUAUAUGUAUGUACAUAUG